AUACACGCCGCACCAUACAGGGAACACGUCUAAGACUCUAAAGCCGGGGGCAGGGCCGAGAUCUAUUCAGUGACACGAACGCAAAAUGGAGUGGAAAUGCAUAUUUGUAUUAUUUUUCUUUCUUAUUAUUCGUCUUCAGUCAGUAAGAUGUGAAGAAGAGCCGAAGGUACUAACGGAAACAUUCGACGUCAGACCUGGAGGGGAAUCUCAUAAAGUAGAAAAGGCCCUUGGAUCAUUCAAGUGCAAAUUUGUAUACGUAGCUCAAGGAGGAACAAAUGAGGAAUGGGACAUCAUUCUUUCAAAGGAUGAAUUUGGUGCUUACUCGUGUACUGUUGUGAGACCUGGAGGAACAUCUUACAUAUUUUUUCAGCAAUUCAAGAUGAAGAUUGCUGGAGCAAGACUGACAUCAGUCAGAGCAGCGGGCAGUCAAGAUGUACCUCUAGAGCCUGAUGAGUAUGUUGUCAGCAAACAUCACAAUGAAGUUCGCAGCAAAAAGGAUGUAUUCAAAUCUAUUCUCAGGGAGCUUACGGUGAAUGCAGAACCAAAAAGUGAAUUGUAACUGGGGUAAACUCUUUAACCUGUUGCUUUACAAAGCCUAUAGGUUAAAAGUUUACUGAUGACAUAAAGAAAAAAUUCCUGUUAGAAAUUUUUUUCCAUAGUUUAGUUUUUAUUUCCAGAUCCACUACCUUUAAAAAAAAAAUCUCUCUAUUUUUAUUCAUUUGUUUAUUUUUAUUUAUUUUUUUUUUUUUGGGGGGGGGGGGAGGAUCCUGCCCAUGUAGAAAACCAGAGAAGUAGAUAUAUGAAAGUUUGAAUAGAAUCUGAUGAACAAUUACAAAGUUAUUACAUUUGAAAAGUUGUAGAAAAAAAGGUUGUUCUCACUGUAUUAUGGAGAUUUAAAAUCAGCUACAUUUAUGAAAAUAUUGCAAUUUUGGGAAUGGACUACUCCUAACUUUUCUAUUGUAAACGAAAUUGCCAAAUCUCAUCAUAUUCUAAAUAUUUUCAAGAGUAUGAGUGGGCUUACAAAAUUUCUUCUUUUGUGUUCCUUUUUUACCCAAAGGAAAUUGCAUUUUUUUUUGGAAUUGGUCCUGAGAAAAAUGUAUCCUGAAAAAAAAAAUCAUUGCAAAUUGUCUCAUCUGUACAGCUGUGAUUACUGUUACCAAAGAUCAUUGAACAUUUUUUAUGUUUACAAUGUUGAAAAACAGUUGUUAUCUUACAAGUGUCACUAGAGUGGCAUACAAUUAUUAUUAUUAAUUAUAAUAAGCAAGUGCAAAGGCGUCCUCUUUCAUUUUUGAAGUUUUAUUUUUUCAAUGAGUAAUGAGUAAUAUGUGUCACUAAAAUGUCUAGUCUUGUGUAUCAAUAGCAAUCUUGAUUCUGGUGGAUUAUAUAUAUAUAUAUAUAUGGUGAAAUCAAUGGGAGCCAAGAAUAAUGGUAGUUAAUCAAUUUUUGUGAUGCUGAAAAACUGUCUGUACCAGGAAUCAAACAAGGAUAACGGACAGAACUUUCAUUAAACCUACCCUCUAUACCAUUUAUUUCACUACAUAUUACCGUAAUUGUUGCCAAAGCUGCUGUACGUCAUUUCAUACACUAUACAUGUAUAUAUGAUAUAUAUAUAUAUAUCUCAUCUUCAACUCCCACAAUUCAUUUAUUUCAUUAAUAUAUUCAUGUAUGGAUCAUUACAAAAAUACAAAUGACACUGAAAUAUGUUUGUUUUGUGGAGGAUUUUUAUGUUAAUUUUUAGUCAAUUUAUAUACCUAAAUGAUGGCAUGUCUGCAAAAAUUUUUGUCUGAAACGACAUCAAGCAGAAUCCUUUGACAUGUAUUUUUUAGGAGCUUUAGCUCUAUGAUAUAAUUUCUCUAAAAGGUUUACUUGGCAAAAAAUGUUGAUUUGAGAUGUCUGCUCUUAAUUUUUGAUGAUUUUGGACCAGAUACUGCCUGCUUGUUAAAAAUUGUAAAUCACCAUGGAUACCAAAGUUAUUAAUGUACCCCCCUAAAUUUAGGGCAAUGUAAUUGAAAAAGUGUAUCUCCAAGUACUUUAAUAAACAUGACAUGAGUUAAUAGGAGAAAGAUGUAGCAUUAUUUGCUAGGAAGAUUACAGAAAUGGUGUCUUUAGUCCAAAGCUUUCUUUAUUUGUGGAAUAUAUAUACAUGGAUGCCAUUUAGAAUUGUUUUCAAAAAGUCAGAACAUAAUCUGGAAAAGGCCAUUUUGCACACAACAAAAUUGUUUUCUAUGGCUGAAAAUAAGUCUGAAUUCAGACUUAUGUCUGAAGAGUGGAAUCCUAGCUGUUGAGACUUCAGAUUUUGUAGCAAUUUUGCCAAAAUUACUUACGAUUUUAAACAGCACUUUCAUUUUAAAAUGUAUGUCUCAUGCCAUAAUGAAACAAUACAAGUUUACUGAUUGAAAGGAUGCAUGUGACAGAGGGUUAGCUUGCCAGAAUGACUAGUGCAUGUAUUGAUCAGUACUUAUAACCCAAUAUAUUGUAUCUCCUUUUUAAUUGAAAAGACAACGUUCAGGGGGGGAGUACAGCACCUACAAAGGGAUAUAAGACACUUUUUAUGGGAAAAUCAUAAAAUUUUAAUUUCCUUGACGGGAGGGGGGGGGCUUGACUUACACGUAUCAGAUGUUUAAAAGAAAAAUGUUACCUACUGGUAAAUGCUAAAUCGCCACUGCCUCAGAUGAAGGUGUGAGAGUGGUUGGAUGUGAUGCUCUAACCUAGGCAACUUAAUUUCCUAUUGCAGUUGAGAAUUAUUGAAAAAAGGUCCCAAUCCGUCUUGAUUGCAUGUACAUUAAGCAUUUAUACAUUCCAAUGUGAAUACUGAUUAUCACUUUAUUUACCUAUUACUGGAUUGCAUACAUUCAGAAUUUCAGAAGUGCCUUACUUUUGAUAGAUUAUGUCGUGGUGGUUGAAAUGAAAUAACUAAAUCUAUAUUGUUGCAAUUAUCGGUAUGUUCUUUUCUGCUAUGUUUGGAACUUUUUAAAAUUAU